AUGCAUGAAUAUAGGCUUGAAGGCAAAUUCUCCUACUACAGCCUCCCCAAAGCUGCAAGGGAUGAAUGGGUUGUUUGUAGGAUUUUCCACAAGAGCACAGGCAUCAAGAAAAGUCCAAUUCAUGAUCUCCUAAGAAUGAACUCUUUUGGAGAUGAUUUCUUAGAUUACUCCUCACUGCCACCUCUCAUGGAUCCCCCAAAUUACAAUAGCAGGCCUAGCACCAGCAGCUUCAGCGAUGCCGAUAACGAUGAGUUCAAGGCAAUGACGACGUCAAGAUCCUCAGAUGGAAAUUACUUCUCCAAUACAAGCAUGCUCAGCAACAAUCAAAACUUUGCUCAACCUCCAAAUACCAACUACCAAACACCGAACUCCACUUUUCAACCUCAAAUUCCAGCUUCAAACCCUCUUUACUCCUUUCAAACCAAUCCCAACAGGUCUGCCUACUUGCACCAAGGAAAGAGUACUAAUUCAUUUACAAACUUUCAAAACUCUACCUUUGGUAACAAUGGCCAAACCCUUUUGACAGCAUUAGCUGCAGAAAAUAAUUAUAGAGAAGCAUCUGAAUUGGAAAAGCAGUGCAAGGUUGAGCAGUUCUCAUCCAACCAAUCAAUGGUCAGUCUUUCACAGGACACUGGACUUAGCACAGACGUGAACGCCACAACUGAGAUAUCGUCUGUCGUUUCGAAGCAAGAAGUAGGAAGCCAUAACAAGGUUUACGAAGAUCUUGAAGGUCCAUCAGCUGGCCCCAUUGCAGAUUUGGAUUACUUGUGGGAUUAUUGA